AUGAGGAAGUAUCGCCAUUUGAUUUUUGCAACAAUCUGUUGUCUUUUACUCUUAGGCAAUCAUGAGGCUGAUGCACAGGUUAAAGAAAAUGUCAAAAUCGGUGCUGCUGCUGAUAUAAUAUUUCUAGUGGAUUCCUCUUGGAGCAUUGGAAACGAACAUUUCCAACUUGUUCGGGAGUUUUUGUAUGAUGUUGUAAAACAAUUAGAUGUGGGUGAAAAUGAUUUUCGGUUUGGUCUGGUCCAGUUCAGCGGAAGCCCACAUUCAGAGUUCCAGUUAAACACCUAUCAUACUUUGCAAGAUGUCCUCUUCCAUAUUUCACACAUGCCUUACAUGGGGGGAGGAACCAAGACUGGACAAGGAUUAGAGUUCCUAAUUCGGAACCAUCUAACUAAAGCUGCUGGAAGCAGAGCAAGCAAUGGUAUUCCACAGAUUAUUAUAGUGUUAACGGACGGACGAUCCCAAGAUGAUGUGGCUCUACCAUCAUCUAUACUUAAAACUGCUGAGGUAAACAUGUUUGCCAUUGGAGUGCAGGAUGCAGUGGAAUGGGAAUUAAAGGAAAUAGCAAGCGACCCCCUUGAUACACACCUAUUCAACCUAGAGAACUUUACUGCUCUCCACGGCAUUAUAGGAGACUUAGUUGCCAGCAUUCGCUCAUCCAUGACUCCAGAAAUGGCUGGAGUAGAAGGAGGGAUUAAAGACAUCACAGCACAAGAAUCUGCUGACAUUAUUUUCCUUAUUGACGGAUCAAAGAACGGCGCUGUCACUUUCUCAGCCAUUCGUGAUUUCAUUGCAAAUUUAAUUGAAAGACUCUCAGUUGGAGCUGAGCUCAUACGCAUUGGGGUGGUUAUGUUUAGUGAUGAACCCAGAACUGGAUUCUCCUUGAACAGCUAUACCCAAAAAGUUGAUAUUCUAGAGGCAGUGAAGGCCCUUAGCAUUCUUGGUGGCGAGGAAGCUAAUAUUGGAGAUGCUCUUGAUUUUGUCAUGCAAAACCACUUCACCCCCUCAGGAGGCAGCAGAAUAGAGGAAGGUGUGCCACAGAUCUUAGUGCUCAUAAGUAACGUUGAGUCUAGUGAUGACAUAAGAGAAGGAGUUUUAGCCAUGAAGCAAGCUAGUAUAUUCUCAUUUUGCAUUGGGGUCCAAAAUGCUGACAAUGCAGAGCUUCAGCAAAUUGCUACUGAUGCAAGCUUCGUAUUUACUGCCCUGGAUACACGUAACCUUGGUGAACUUCAAGAACUCUUACUGCCAAACAUUGUUGGAGUGGCCCAAAGGCUCAUUUUGUUAGAUGCCCCAACCAUUCUUACAGAAGGUGUGGGUGUGUCAAGUGAGGGUCUUGUGACAGGACUUGUGAUGGAUCAGCUGUGA